GUCUACCUUCUAUCAUUCCCACAAGGCAGCAGGAGCAGAGAGCAGCCAUUGCUGUGUCUGGCAGCAGAGGUGUGAACAAGACAUCUGGUGAGCGUGACACACCCAGCAGCCAUCCUCAUGUGUCAGGAGGACUGAGCAGGUCCCAGAGCCCCAUCACGGUGCCUCCACCUCACUCACUGAUACAUGAGAGACACAGUGACCAGAAGAUCCAGGAACUCACCAACAAGAUCAUUCAGCUGCUGACUGGAGAGGAGGGGGAGUAUAUAGAGGAACACAGGGGUCUGUACAAGGACAUGAUGACGGAGAAUCACCGGCCCCUCACAUCACUGGAUGGGCCCAGUAACAGAGAUACCCCAGAGAGAUGUCCCCGUCCUCUGUAUUCCCAGGAUUGUACAGAGGAGAAUCACAGGAUCCCACAGGAGGAUCAGGUGCAACGUCUGUCUGAUAUUAAAACAGAAGAUAUAAAGGGAGAGGAAGAUACGUAUGUGACUGAUAUAAAGGCAGAAGAUAUAGCGGGAGAAGAAGAGACGUAUGUGACUGAUAUAAAGGCAGAAGAUAUAGAGGGAGAAGAAGAUACGUAUGUGACUGAUAUAAAGGCAGAAGAUAUAGCGGGAGAAGAAGAGACGUAUGUGACUGAUAUAAAGGCAGAAGAUAUAGAGGGAGAAGAAGAGACGUAUGUGACUGAUAUAAAGGCAGAACAUAUAGAGGGAGAAGAAGAGACGUAUGUGACUGAUAUAAAGGCAGAAGAUAUAGAGGGAGAAGAGACGUAUGUGACUGAUAUAAAGGCAGAAGAUACAGAGGGAGAAGAAGAGACGUAUGUGACUGAUAUAAAGGCAGAAGAUAUAGAGGGAGAAGAAGAUACGUAUGUGACUGAUAUAAAGGGAGAAGAAGAGACAUAUGUGACUGAUAUGAAGGCAGAAGAAGAGACGUAUGUGAGGGGUGAUCAGCAGUGUAAGGAGGAGGAGAUCCCUACAGAUAUCAGCACAGCAGAUGGACACACAAGCAGGAAUAUCUCAGAAGGACAUCUAAUGUUAUCCCUGGAUUGUGAAAGAAGAGAUAAUGACAGUAGACAGGAUUCUCCAGGAGAUAACCCCAUUACCCCAAUUAUACAUCCAGCUCUAUCUGCUGAUCCCUCUGAUCCUGGGAAAUGUUCUCCUGAUCACUCUGAUAUUAGUGCAUCAGUUACAGCUCUGAGAGUAGAUACAGUGUUUACCUGUUCUGUAGAUGCCAAAUGUUUUACACAGAACACAAAGCCUAUUAACCCACAGACAGGUAAGGCAGGUGAGAGGCCAUUUCUAUGUUCUGAGUGUGGGAAAUGUUUUACACUGAAAUCACAACUUCUUACACAUCAGCGAAGUCACACAAGUGAGAAUCCAUUUCCAUGUUCUGAGUGUGGGAAAUGUUUUACACGGAAAUCAAAUCUUGUUAUACAUCAGAGAAGUCACACAGGUGAGAAUCCAUUUCCAUGUUCUGAGUGUGGAAAAUGUUUUGCAUACAAAUCAGAACUUGUUAAACAUCACAGAAGUCACACAGGUGAGAAGCCAUUUCCAUGUUCUGAGUGUGGGAAAUAUUUUACACAGAAAUCAAGUCUUGUUAUACAUCAGAGAAGUCACACAGGUGAGAAUCCAUUUCCAUGUUCUGAGUGCGGGAAAUGUUUUUCCCGGAAAUCAGAACUUGUUAAACAUCACAGAAGUCACACAGGUGAGAAGCCAUUUCCAUGUUCUGAGUGUGGGAAAUAUUUUGCACACAAAUCAAGUCUUGUUAUACAUCAGAGAAGUCACACAGGUGAGAAUCCAUUUCCAUGUUCUGAGUGUGGGAAAUGUUUUUCCCGGAAAUCACAACUUGUUACACAUCAGCGAAGUCACACAGGUGAGAAGGCAUUUCCAUUUUCUGAGUGUGGGAAAUGUUUUGUGCACAAAUCAGUUCUUCUUAGACAUCAAAGAAGUCACACAGGUGAGAAGCCGUUUUCUUGCUCUGACUGCGAGAAAUGUUUUUCCUGGAAAUCACAACUUGUUACACAUCAGCGAAGUCACACAGGUGAGAAUCCAUUUCAAUGUUCUGAUUGUGGGAAAUGUUUUGCACAGAAAUCAGUUCUUCUUAGACAUCAGAAAAGUCACACAGGUGAGAAGCCAUUUCCAUGUUCUGAGUGUGGGAAAUGUUUUGCACACAAAUCAGAACUUGUUAAACAUCACAGAAGUCACACAGGUGAGAGGCCAUUUCCAUGUUCUGAGUGUGGGAAAUGUUUUGCACUUAAAUCAGAUCUUCUUAGACAUCAAAGAAGUCACACAGGUGAAAAGCCAUUUUCUUGUUCUGAGUGUGGGAAAUGUUUUACACUGAAAUCACAUCUUGAUAGACAUCAGAGAAAUCACACAUCAGAGAAGUCACACAGGUGAGAGGCCAUUUCUAUACUAUGAGAAAUAUAUCAGCUCUUGUUGCACAAAAUAGACAUCAGUCAGGUGAGGAACCAUUUUAAUCUUCUGGAGUAUACUUAAAAUGAAGAAAAGAUGAGAUAUGAGGUGCACUCUGGAAGCUUAUAGGGGGUUAAUCAGAGAUGAACGCAGAUGUGACAUCACGCAGCCCCCUGGAAAAUGGUCCAGGCCCUCCCGCAUAUAGACAAAAAUCUGUGUAUUAAAGAUAUGAAAUAAAGUUGUUUAAAAACAAAA